AUGUUCAAUUGUUGACACCUAGGCUAUUGUGCAAUUUUCCGAAGAACACAUCAGUCCGGCGUUAAGGUUGAAGUGGUUAGCGUCCGGUGAGGCUCGCUCCUAAGGAAGGCGGGGGGAGGAUAGAGUAAAUAAAUGUGUCUUACAUAUAAGUGAACAUCAAUUCUGGAGUAUCAUUAUGAAAUGUCAGUCGGGAGUGGUUGCAAUAGAUAUGUUAUUAAAAUUACUUUGUUUGUGUUGGCUAACGGUGUGCGUGCUUUCUGCGCCACCAACGGAUGAGGUCCCCCGAGAACGACAUCAUCCGUCAGUGAUACCCAUUCUUACACAAUCUGAGGAAAUUGACGCGGACGGAAAAUAUAAAUUUAGCUACGAAACCGGGAAUGGUAUCAAGCGUGAGGAGACGUCGUUUGACAAAGUGGUAGAAGGCAGGGCCGACCACAGACACAGUGACUGCAGCAACGAAGGCGGUGAAGAUGAGGACAGUGGAGAAAUCCAUGUGCAAAAAGGAUCUUACUCCUAUACCGCCCCAGAUGGUACCGUCGUCAGCGUAUCGUAUAUUGCUGACGAAAAUGGAUUCCGACCUACAGGAGAACAUAUUAACUUAGGACCAAAAAGGGUUGAAACCUUCAGCCACACGAGCAAAUACGAGUCUUCACUAGAACACGAGAACAGUGAGGAAUAUAAAUCCAAACCUGUUCAUAAAAAGAAAGCUUUGGCAGAAAAUUCAGAGUCGGAAUCAUUUGAAGAUAUAUUACCACCUAAUGGCGAAUUUGCAAAAAGAAUCACCAAUGAAGAAACACAUAUGGACAUUAAACCUGAAACGGAAGACGAGAAAAGCAACAAAGUAAACAAUAAAAAGAUAUCAGUUAACAAAGGUAAAAAUCCUACUUUUGCUGCACCUGAGAUGCCUGUUGCCGAAGAAGAUGCAUUAACAAACGAUAAUUCUAACGAUCAACCUUUUAGCAAACAAAGUAAAAAAGUUUUUAUUAAUAAGGAUACAAAACACAAUGCUAAAGAUAGGAAGCACCCAGAAGAAGCUUCAAAACAAGACAAAAAAUAUGCUGUACAAAAAGAAGAAAACCUAGUUACAAAAGACAGUGAUAUUCUUGAACCUAAAGUAAAUACAAAUACAUUUGAGAAGGAAAUGAAAAAGUCUGGUGCCAAAGAAGACAAAAAAGAAACACUGAAGGAAGGAGAAAAUCCUAUUGAUAAAGAUGUAGCCCCCAAAGAAGAAAAAAAGUCAAAUUCUGAAGAAGGAGAAAAACCUGCCCUGAAGGAAGGAGAAAAGCCUGCUGGUAACGAAGAAGAAAAAACUACGGCCAAAGAUGAAAAAAAGGCAACCCCUAAAGAAAUAGAACAGCCAGUUCCCAAAGAAGAUAAGCCAGCAUCUAAAGGAGAAGAAAAACCCAUCCUUAACGAAGGAGAAAAGCCAGCUAUAAAGGAAGGAGAUAUGCCAACGCCUAAAGACGGAGAAAAACCUGCUUCUAAGGGAGAAGAAAAGCCAAAUGUCAAGAAUGAAAAAAUAGCAUCUCCUGAAGAUGGAGAAAAGUCAGCGGCCAAAGAAGGAGAAACACCAACCCCUAAAGAUGGUGAAAAGCCAGCGCCCAAAGAAGCAGAAACACCAACCCCUAAAGGUGGUGAAAAGCCAGCGCCCAAAGAGGGAGAAACACCUUCUAAAGGAGAAGAAAAGCCAAAUGUCAAGGAUAAAGAAAAAACAUCUCCCAAAGAAGAAGAAACACCAACCCCUAAAGAAGGAGAAAAGCCAGCGCCCAAAGAAGCAGAAACACCAACCCCUAAAGAAGGAGAAAAGCCAGCGCCCAAAGAAGCAGAAACACCAACUCCUAAAGAAGGAGAAAAGCCAGCGCCAAAAGAUGGAGAAAAACCAACCCCUAAAGAAGGAGAAAAACCAACGCCUAAAGAAGGAGAAAAGCCAACUCCUAAAGAAGGAGAAAAGCCAGCGCCCAAAGAUGGAGAAAAACCAACCCCUAAAGAAGGAGAAACACCAACCCCUAAAGAAGGAGAAAAACCAACCCCUAAAGAUGGAGAAAAACCAACCCCUAAAGAAGGAGAAACACCAACCCCUAAAGAAGGAGAAAAACCAACCCCUAAAGAAGGAGAAAAGCCAACUCCUAAAGAAGGAGAAAAGCCAGCGCCCAAAGAUGGAGAAACGCCAACCCCUAAAGAAGGAGAAAAGCCAGAGCCCAAAGAAGGAGAAACACCAACCCCUAAAGAAGGAGAAAAACCAAAGCCCAAAGAAGGAGAAAAACCAACCCCUAAAGAAGGAGAAACACCAACCCCUAAAGAAGGAGAAAAGUCAGCGCCCAAGGAAGGAGAAAACCCAGAGCCCAAAGAAGGAGAAAAACCAACUCCUAAAGAAGGAGAAAAGCCAACGCCUAAAGAAGGAGAAAAGCCAACUCCUAAAGAAGGAGAAAAGCCAACUCCUAAAGAAGGAGAAAAGCCAGCGCCCAAAGAUGGAGAAACACCAACCCCUAAAGAAGGAGAAAAACCAGCGCCAAAAGAUGGUGAAAGAAUUUCGAAAGGAAAAGACAAGCUAGAUGUUAAGGAUGACGGAAAACCAACUCACAAAGAAGGAGAAAAGCCAGCGCCCAAAGAAGGAGAGCCAGCGCCCAAAGAAGGAGAAACACCAUCUCCCAAAGAAGGAGAAAAGCCAGCUCCCAAAGAAGGAGAAAAGCCAGCUCCCAAAGAAGGAGAAACACUAUCUCCCAAAGAAGGUGAAAAGUCAGCGCCUAAAGAUGGCAAAAACCCAGAUUCUAAGGAAAAAGAAAAACCAGCUUCACGGGAUAAAAAACUUGCUACUAAAGAAAGUGAAAAGCAUGCACCAAAACAAGGAGAAAAGCUACCUAGCAAGGAAGGUGAAAAAUCUAUUGAGGCAGGCAAAUUGCCCAAAAAGGAGGCAAAUAAUACAAAAGAAGAAAAAACUAAAGAAGCAGCCAAAUUGAAAAAAGAGCCUGAAAACGCAGAAAAAUUAUCACAAAGAGCGGUUAGCGUAGCAAAACAAGCUAAGAAAUCAGCAAGUGGUGCAGUUCAGUCUGCUAUGGAAGCUUUGAAAACCGUGGAAAAAGUAAUUCAAACUAUUAAAGAGCAAAGCGCGAUAGAAGGGCCAUCGGCUAAAAAUAACGCAACAGAAGCAAAAGCACUCAUUGCCAAAAACGCUGCACAAGAAGCACUACAAGCAGCUCAAACAGUUGGUACUGCCGCUGAAACUGCUGAAAAGGCCGCUAAAGAAGCUAUAUCUUUGGCUAAAUCCCUACCAAAACCCUCUGAAAUCAUUGCGCAAAGUAAAGAUCACUUGGAGGUACUGAAAAUUGAGAAUCCAAAAGAAUCAGAGAAACCGUCUGUAGAUAGUAAAAAACAUGAAGAACCUGAUUACAGUGUUAAACCAAUGGAGGACCCUAAAAAAGCAACUAAAUCUACAGACGAAGCGCCUAAACCUAAAGCUGCAUAGUUUACAUAAAUAUCUGGUGAAAUAUUUGUACAAUAAUUAAUUAAUUAUAAUGGUUGACUGUACGAACAUUGUGUGAAUUUGGGGAAACAAAUGCAAAUUCUACUUAAAGCCUGAAGCUUGCUGUGGAUAAACUGUUAAUUAGUUUUUAAGGGUGAUACAUCUUAAGAAUUUCUAAGUCAAUGGCAUAGUUUAUGUUGUAAAUGUUUAGUUUAAUAUUAUAAAAUAAACGAUUGUUAAACUA